UUCAGCGUUCGGCUUUCAGUUUCCAGAGAGACUUCCAACAGAGUACAUCGAAUUUCGGUGAAAGUAGAAGGAAAACCCACUGCAUUAAGAUACCAGAUAUCGAUACCUUGACUUGGUAUUCCACGCAAAAGUGCAUAAAAAAAUACAAACGCGUUUACUCAGAAAAACAAAGAAGCAAAGUGAUUCAAAUCGAGUUCAUUGGACGCCCGAGAGAGACGACAAAGUGAAACGACCUCGCACAACACGCGCUAAAAAAAAAAAAAAGAGAAAAACACACCCACAUCCCACUGCAAAGCUUCUAAGGCGAAAAAAAAAUACCUACAGACAUGGAUGUUUGGGGAUUUUGCGUUAGCGAUACUACGAUGGCAUAUGGCGGGUCCAUGCGAAGCGGAUAUUACAGGGACUACGAGCAGUUCCCCUACGGAACCCUCGAGACCACGUCCUCUCCACACGCGGUCAAGGAUUGCUACAGUCGAGUGCAAGAAAAAUGCAAGCAGAUAAAGACCGAGAAGCAGAUGCGCAAGGACUGUCCUUUCUGCAAGGAGCACAAGAAGCGGCCGCUAAUCAACUACAUGCGCAAGCGGGAGCAGCGCAAGCACCAUGACAGCAUUUGCGAGGACGAGGAGGACAUGCACGAGCACGAGUUGGAGCACGCCCACAAUCACAGCCACGAGGUGGUGUCCUCCGUCCUUGCCGCCCCACAAAGCUGCAAGGUGUGAGUGGAAGCGGAACGAUUCCUCCACAGACACUCGGAAAAUGCCAUAUAAACAUAAAAAAUAUAUACUAUAUAACCAGAAGAAAGGAAAAUCAUGAAAAAGUAACAACAAAAACAAAAGGAGAAAAGAGAAAAAGCUGUUAAAGACGAAGGUUGCGAAAGCGAGAGAGAGAGAGAUUGAGCGAGACAGCAUCUGCAGCUACAAUAAUCCAAGGCAACUGUACAUCUUUUUUGAAUGGUUGCCCGAGCAUUUCCGCGUCGCGAAUACACUACCAUUUACAAGAAAGCAAGAAGAACUUGAUACCAAUUUACAACUCCCUUCAACUAAUAUCUACCAUUUCGUUUUUACACCAACUUCGCUGUUAUUUACAACUCUAAAAAUAGUAAUUUGUUUACCAACGAACAGCAGCGCACGAUGGAAAAACAUAUAACAAAAACCUGCCCCGCUUGACCAACGCAUUUUUUGACCUUAAGUAAACCAGAAAGUCGUGAAAAAACAACUAAAAAAAAUAGAGAGCAUAUAUAAAAACACAACAAGGGAAGCAAAAAUAGCAGAAAAACUGAAUUUUCUAUUUUGCAUACGAGACUGAGUAAAUUGCAGUAGAAAAUGUUUUGUUAUUUUGACCUAAUUGGAUAAGUUACAGGUACUAAAAAAUAAUGAAAACUGCAAAAGAAAAUGCUUCAUUGGCGCCAAUUAAGGUUUAUGAUUAUUAUUUUUUUCGAUAUAUGUGUAGCUACGUAUACUUUUGACCCCGAUUUUUAUUGUAUCCUUGUCUAUAUUAGACAUUCCCUUAUAUUUAUUGUAAUACCAACUGAACUUUGCACAGUCCGAGCAAGUGUCAAAAAUUAAUAUUUGUUAAAGUUAAAGGUGUUUCAAAAGAGUUUAUGCCAAGUUACAUUUUGUUAACACUACUUAAUAAUAAAGAAAAAAUUGAAAAUAUUAA